AUGGAUGAAAGCUUGAGGAGGGCUGCUCAAGAAGGAAAUAUUGUUGAAUUAUAUGCAUCAAUCCGAAGAUAUGGAGAUGUUUUGAAGCACAUAGAUGAGACGGAGUUUGUUGACACUCCAUUACACAUAGCUGCAGCUCAAGGGUGCAUUGAUUUUGCAAUGGAGAUAAUGAUCUUAAAGCCCUCGUUAGCUAAGAAGCUAAACCGCGAAGGUUUUAGUCCCAUUCACCAUGCAGUGGAAAAAGGGCAUAAAGAGUUGGCGGUACAUCUCAUGCAAAAUGAUAAAAGUCUUGUCCGUGUCAAAGGGAGGAAGGGUGACACUCCUUUGUACUCUGCAAUAACUAAAGAACAAAACCUUGAUCUCUUGGCCAGAUUUGCGGAGGCUUGUCCUGAAUGCAUUCGAGAUAUGACAACCACAAACCAGACUGCUUUACACAUUGCAACGGAAAGCAAUAGAUUAGAAGCUCUUCAACUCUUAUACCGGUUGCUUAGGAAGAGUGGUGAUUGUGGAGAUGUGGUGAACCAGAAAGACAGGAAUGGCGACACUGCCUUGCACAUAGCCGCACGCAAUAAUCAAUCGCAGAUUCUCAGACUGCUACUAAAUUGCAAGGCUGAUAAGUUUGUGACUAAUCAGGCUGGUUCAACGGCACUGGCAGUUGCAUACGAACUUAAUAACAGAGAGAGCAUUAAUAUUCUGCGUGGAUGGUCAACUGCAGGAGCUUCAAGCCUUCGAUAUAAGCUGCGAAAACGAAUUUCCAAGAUUGUGACAAAGGCAUCAGAAUUAAUUUUUCAAGGUAUGGACAGAAUAUCAAGCGAGGACCGCAAUGCCUUACUAGUAAUUUUAGGAUUGCUUCUAACAGCUACCUACUAAGCCAGUGUUAGCCCGCCUCCCUGCACUGUCUUCAUAAUAUCGUUUUUCCUAACAUUGGGCCUUCUUAAACCUUUUCCCUGUGGUUUCAGGACUGCCCUUCAAGUACAACUUGCAUUUCUUGCUAUAUCCUUCAACGAAUCAGUGUCUUUCAUAGCGCCAACUGAUUUAGCUUUAUUUGUCAAUGCAUGGAUAACACUGUUGCAGCAGAUUUUUCCAGGCAUCAUGGAUUGGGAAUUGAGGGAAGCUGCUCGAACAGGAAACAUCGACGCCCUAUACGAGCAAUUUCAAGAAGAUCCACACCUUUUGGAGCGCAUCGAUGCGGUUCCUUUCAUUGAUACUCCUCUGCACGAAGCUGCAGCUGCAGGGCAAGUUGAUUUGGCAGUGGAGAUUAUGAACUUGAAGCCAUCGUUUGCCUCAAAGAUUAAUCCAGAUGGUUUUACCCCAUUGCACCUUGCUUUGCAAAAACACCAAACUCAGUUACUAUAUGAGCUCCUGAAAAUCAACAAAGACCUGGUUCGAGUCAAGGGGAAAAAAGGUAUGACCCUUCUGCAUUACGCAGCUGAACUAGGAGACAUUGAUCUCUUGGCUAAAUUUCUUGUGGCUUGCCCUCAAUGCAUCAACGAUGUGACUGUUGGAGGUAAAACUGCUCUGCAUAUUGCGGCAGAAAACUACAAUGUUGAAGCGCUUGAAGUCCUGGCACGUUGGCUACGAAGGACGCACAACAAAGAUGGUGGAUUCUGGGAAAUUGAAGUCAUGAACUGGAAAGACAAGGAUGGCAACACAGUCUUGCACGUAGCUGCAUCCAACAUCCAAAAUCAAAUGAUAAGACUCUUGUUGGAAUGUGGAAUUCGAAGGAACAUAAUCAAUUUGAGUGGUUUAACGGCUUUUGAUGUUUUACAAUGCCAAGGGCAAGUCGACAACAGGGAGGCUGUGGACAUUCUAAGACAGGCUGGAGGUUUAAAUGCUUCCUCAAUUCCCAAAUCCACACCCAUGGCUGAGCUCUUUAGAUCAAAGGUUGAAUUUUCUGAGAGAUUAAUGAUAAUUGUAACUAGGGCCAGACUCAAUAUACCAAGUGACACACGCAAUGCGUUCCUGGUACUAGCCGGGUUAGUAAUAACAGCAACCUACCAAGCCAUUUUCAACCCGCCCGGUGGUGUUCGACAAGCUGAAGCAGGUUCCACUCAUGUUCCGAGUGGAGCAGGUAGAUCAGUUAUGGAUACAAGUAAUUUUCUUUGGUUUUAUGUUCCAAACACUGCAGCAUUUCUCACCACACUUUUCCUUACGGUUCUGUUUCUGAUAAUUGGUCCCAAUGGUGAAGUGGUUCUCUUACCACUGCUGCCAUUGGUCAUUUGCUAUGUCAUGUCGACGCUGGUCAUAACCCCAACUGCAGAGUUUACUUAUUUCAUUUGGCUUACUUUGGUGAUUGCUGUUGCGUCUGGGUGUUGGUUAUUUGGGGCUCAUCUAUAUUGGCUGCUGAAAAUAAGGAAGGUUAACAGGAGUUCAGGAGAACUCACCCUCUCAGUGUUAUCUUAAGAGGGCUGGAAACAUACACGUCCUCUAGCAUUGGCCUUUGCAUAGAUAGAUAUUUUCAGCAUAGAAUGUUGAGAUGAAUUUAAAAAUGGUGAUUGAAUUUAUUGUGAUUUUUCUAGAGAAAUGUUCAUCUUCAUAUCCCUUGUCGCCAUCCAUGGCAUCCUUUCGCUAAUUAUUUCCAUUUUCA